GAAAACGUUUCACUUUCCAGCGUCUGUGAUGUCACAGCCCACUUCGACCAAUCAGGAGCUAGAGCUGCAGCUAAAAAAGUCAGUGCGUUCUCCAGCAGCGUCUUCUUCAUCAUCUUCAGCUGUCGGUUCGUCAGGUCAGGUGAAGGAAACAUGUCCCAGUACCAAAACCAGCAGUUUAGCGCUCUCCUCAGAGUUUCCCGCCUACCAUUGGUUUACUCAGCAGCCCAGUCUGUGACAUCACUCUACUCUGGGGUUAAAGUGCGAUACCCUCUGCUAGGGAUGAUGGGAGGUGUGGCUGAGGGCGGAGUCCGCAGCAUUUCCCACAUGGCUAUGAAACAAGCCACACCCCUUCUGCAGAGCCUGGAGCCACAGAUUGAAGUCGCAAACACUUUGGCUCUGAUUGGACUCGACCGCCUGGAGAAAAACCUCCCCAUCCUGAACCAAUCAACGGAGAAGGUGAUCGGUCACAUCAAGGACGCCCUCUUCCUGACGCUCGAUGACCUUCACCUGUGGUUAGUUGACGGCGUAGACAGCGUUUUGGAUCAGCUGGAGCACGUGGCGGACGCCCUGCGGGUCACCGUCGGGCUGCUUCAGGACUCACAGAUCAGCAGGAUCACCGUAUCUGGACUGGAUGACAUAUUGAGUCGCCUGGAGGAGGCAACAGCCCACUACCUGCCCCUCCCACCCACACUGCGUCGUCAGUGGGAGCUGAGGGUACAGGAGUACGUGGAUGAGGACGAGGACGAGGAGCCUGGACUGUGGACCAGGUUCAGGUGUCUCCUGCUUGGUCUCAGUCUGCAGCUUCAUCACCGCAUGAUGAAGCUAAAAGACCAGCUGCUGAUAGCUGUCAAGACCCUGGAGGACACACCUGAAAAGAUGGGUCUGCUCAGAGUUCUGGCGCUGGUGGAGGAGUUGCUCAACAACCUGCAGAACCUCCUGGUGGCCCUGGUCUACCAGACGGAGCAGCUCAGAGAAGGAUCUCUCAUUGGGAUUGGGAAUUUGGCGGCCAUGUUGGUAGAGCUGAGACCCGUCCAGCAGAUCCGGGAGCUGCCGGUCCAGAUCCAGCAGAUGCUCCGAGACCUUCAGGAGCUCUCCAAGAUUCUCCUGCAGCUGGUGGUCAACGUCACACCUCUCUACAACAUGCUCCAUCAGCCCACCCACCAGGAGGUGGAGGACUUCCUUCACCAGGAGGAUUUUUCCAACGAGAGUCUUUCUCGCCGCAGCUCUGCUAACAGCCUCUUCCUGAAGGCCAUGGACGGACGUACUCGCCGUCGCCGCAGCCUCUACUCCCGCUCCAGUGGCCUCCAAAGCCCGGAUCCCCCCAAAGGUCGGGGAGCAGAAGAAAACCCCAACCCUUCUGGCAGCGGUGUCACCCGCCGUCUGUCAGCCACCGAGCUGCUGCUGACGCCGCUAAAACAGUUUGUGUCUCAGAGUCAGAAGGCCUCGAGCACCUGAACCACAACGACGCCGUAAACACCUCCGCAACUGCAAAUUAAUCUGUAAACCUGCCCUCAGUUAUUACCCAUUAACCGCCCUCCACUUCCAGCCCUCCACCAAUCAGAGCUAAACAUGUAUGCCACUGAAAAUCAACCAUUUCUGCCAGCGCUGGUGUUGGUGUGUGUGCGAUCAC